AUGGAUCCAGUCGAGAAAUCAAUUCGUGAUGCUAAGAUGGACAAGUCUCAGAUUUAUGACAUUGUUUUGGUUGGAGGAUCGACUAGAAUCCCAAAAGUCCAGAAGCUGUUGUCUGACUUCUUUUCUGGUAAAGAACUUAACAAGAGCAUCAACCACGGCGAGGCUGUCGCCUAUGGAGCUGCUGUUCAGGCUGCAAUUUUGUCUGGCGAUAAGUCUGAGAAUGUUCAGGAUCUUCUUCUUUUGGACGUUGCCCCACUCUCGUUGGGUAUUGAAACUGCUGGUGGCGUCAUGACUCCGUUAAUCAAGAGAAACACGACUAUUCCCACCAAGACUUCUCAAACGUUCACUACUUACUCUGACAAUCAGCCUGGUGUUCUUAUUCAGGUCUAUGAAGGUGAACGUGCUAUGACUAAGGACAACAACUUGUUGGGCAAAUUCGAGUUGAGUGGAAUUCCUCCUGCUCCUUGUGGUGUUCCUCAAAUCGAAGUCACCUUUGACAUUGACGCCAACGGAAUUUUGAAUGUUUUUGCCCAAGACAAGUCUACUGGAAAGCAAAACAAGAUCACCAUCACUAACGACAAGGGACGUCUUUCCAAAGAUGAGAUUGAGCGCAUGGUCCAAGAAGCUGAGAAAUAUCGUGGAGAGGAUGAAAUUCAGCGUGAUCGUGUUUCUGCAAAGAACGGACUUCAGUCUUACUGCUUUAACAUCAAGCAGAUAAUGGAGGAUGAUAAGGUUUGA